CGUUCAGUAGCACUGUAUAACGCCGAUGUUAAAGUUAGUGUGCUUGCGCCACGCCAGCGCUAUACAUUAAUAGCUCAGUUUUUUCAAUUCGUGAUUCUUCCUUUCUCUAUCUUUUUUGUUUUUAAAUUUCUUGGUUUUCCAUCAUUCUCUGACUGUUUUCCAACCUUCUUUACCUUGAUUAUUUUUCUAUUCUUUUAUAUUUGUAUUAGUUUUGUGAGCACUGCAGUAUUCUGUAUAUUAGUGAAGCUUUUCAGUGACUAUUUAUUCAUCAAUUGUUCUAAGGAGAAGAAACGAAGAAAGAUGAACAAAGUCUUUAGACCGAGAUUUGUAACUCUAUGCAGCAUCAUUUUGUUUUUGUGCUGCAACGGUGGCAAUGCUAUGCAAUGUUAUCAGUGUAACAGCCGCAAUAAUAGCCAAUGUGCCGAUCUUGUUCCUCCAGAUUCCAUGAAAAUAGAUUGCUCGGAUCUUAAAGAUGGUGCAAAGUACACAAUGUGCCGAAAAAUUACACAAGUUAUCGAGUUUAGUGUCAAUGGCUUACCACCAGAUAUGCGAGUUAUUCGAGGAUGCGGAUGGGAUGAAUCAAAUUAUAAAGGCAAAUGCUAUCAACGCAGUGGCUUUGGUGGUAGACAAGAAGUUUGCUCCUGUUUAACUGACUAUUGCAAUUCGGCAAUGCCUGGAUCCGGAAUUUGGUCUCAACGUCUUAUUUUUUCAUGCAUCCUGAUCAAUCUAUUGCUAAUGUUUUCGUGGAAUUAGAUAUUCUUAGAAAAUAUUCGAAUUCGUUGGAUUUAAUUAUAAAACUAUAAUGAAGAUUAAAGACAAAGGUUAUUAGGAAUAAUGCUAAUAAUAGUAAGAUUAAUAUCAGCUUUUUAUCAAUGUAAAAUUGAAUAGUAGAUAAUUGAAGUAAUAAAAUUAUUAUCAAUGUAUUAUAUUAAAGCGCAAGAAAAAAUCGAGAAAACAAUUUUAUAUUAUACAGAUAAUUAAGAAAGACGGCCAUAUUUAGCGCUAUGACAUAGUUAUAAGUACAACAGCAAAGCAAAUUCUAUCUAGUUAAUUCUUGGACUUCUUGAUCUCAGUAACUAUACUGAAUUGAUCAAGCUUUUAAUAAGCUUACUCGACAGCUUGAAUUUGAAUUAUAUUUAAAAAAUGUGUUUUUUUUUCUAUACAUGUCGUAUAUGAACGAUGAUCGUAUGAAGAUCUGAACUGAUAAAUUUUUAAUUAAGAAAUGUCAUCUUUAUCGUCCAUCAAAAAUAUUAUUUCAGCCUUUAAUGCAGUAUUCACAAUACUAUAAUACUUUUAAACAUAAGACGGCGUUGAUAUGUUUGCAGUUCAUAGUUUGAAUGAUACAUAAAUUUAUGCGAAAAUAGAAUAUAAUAAUAAAUAAAAAGGAAGAUGUAAUUAAUAUAAAAAAUUAUAACAAAUAAAUAAAUAUAUGUUGCGAUUAUCUUGACGAAACACAAUCAUAUCUCUUGGACAAAUAGUUUUAAUAGAAAUUACGCUAACUAUAGUUUAUAAUAAAACAGACCUUUUUACAUCGAGAUAAAAACAUUUUAGUAAUUCAUAAUAAAAGUGAAAUUCAUUUCAAAUAAUUAUAGGUCUGUUCGCGUUAUUUGCAGUUUUUGCAUUCAUCAUUUUCGCUUUCUUUCUUUUCAACGCAAUAUAUAUAUAUCUAUCUCUAUCUAUUUUAAGUUCAAAAAUUUUUGAGGAUUUCAAACAACGCGAACAUACUUUAUAACUUUUAAUCCUAGUAUCAUCUAAUCCUAGUGAUAUUUUAGGAUAUGAAAUUUAUUAUUAUAAAAGGCAAUUUUGUAUAGAGAAAAAACGGGUGUGUUGAGCAGAUCGAACAGUUGCAGAUUGAAACUGUUUUAUGAUCAUCUGCUGAGAUAGGACUAUUCCUCUAGAUCUAAAAGUAUAAUCCAAUAAGCGUGAAGAAAAAAUUCAUUGGAAAAUUUUCAACAAUUGCAAAAUAAAUAUUCUGCUGAAUACAGCAGAAAGAACCUA